CCUCCACUCAGAACUUGACCUCUAACCAGAAUCAGCGCGGUCUGAAGGCGACUUAUGGCGACAGCUUUGAGAGCAGUGUCACAUCCCUUUGCAGCAUCACCACGGAUCCUGGUACCACCACUGCGGCAGCAAGCAAGGAUGGCGUCGUCAUCGUCGUCGCCCUCGUCGCCUGGCCUAGCUUCCUCGUCGUGCAAGGCCUGCAACGCAUCGUCGGAGCCCGUCGCUUCUACGUCCUACGCCUCUCUCCUCGCGCAGCUCGGCAACACUCCGGACCUUUCGGCAGAGCCAUGGCAGAUCGGCAGCUUCGAGCCCUUCUCGCCGCCAGGAGUCGAUGUGCUCCGACGGGCGUUUCGCUUUAGAAAUUUCAAGACGGCCCAGGCGUUUGCGCAGCGGGUCGGGAAUGAGGUCGCCGAGGUCGAGAAGCACCAUCCGGCCCUGAUCACAGAGUGGGGGAAGGUGACUGUGCUUUGGUGGACGCACGCGAUCAACGGGCUUCACGAGAAUGAUUUCAUAUGCGCAGCAAAGACGGAUGAGAUUGCCUCUUCGGCACAAGGGCUCAAGAAGUAGAGUG